CCUUGAAUGUAGUAGUUAUUAAAGCCAAAAAAUGUAAACAUUGCACAACUUCCAGCAAUGCUGGAAAGGAAAUAUAUAAAAAGCUGAUACAUGCUAUAUGUCAACUGAUAACCCUUAAUGUAGUUGCCUUGUUUGGAACUCGGAAAGUUUAGCAAGAUCUUACUCCAAACAUAAUCAAUCAACAUGGUAUACAAAAAAUCUUAUCGCAGUCAGAGAACUGGGAGCACAAUUAGGAAGCUACAUACAUAUUUACAGUCGACUAAUGAGGGCUUUGUCGAUUACAAAUUGAAGGACAGUUCCUUCCAACAUGAGCCUGAGAAACUUCAGAAAAUAUUCGACAGGAAAGAUCAGUUCUUCUCUGAUGGGCGGAAAAUGCCAUCCCUGUUGCUCGACAAAGAGGUUGAUCCAGAAUUGAACCACGUACCUCUAAAUUUCGAACACAGACGUGGAAAUCACGUCGUAUACUCUUUAAACAAGUAUAAAAGAUGGACUCUACCUUCUGUUGUUCAAGAAAAUAUUGAAUCCCUCUCUGAAGAAGAUUUUAGAGUUGUUUUGCAUGAAAGGAGAUCUGUGAUAGAGAAGAGAUGCAAAAGUUCCUUUAACAUCUUCAUCGGUCAAGGCAAUUGGAAUGACUGCGUGAAAUAUGUUGACAGUAAGACUCCAGUAUCAUGUGCUAGACCAGGGAGAUCAGCCGCCUCUUAUUUCUGUGACUUGAGGAGGAAAUGUAUGGAGGGAGGAAACACUGGGAAAAAGCCUUUGUCCAGAAAGAGAAUCAGGCACAAUAUGCACAGCAGGGGGGUUCAGAGGAAAUCCGAACUCCAGAGCAAGAGACCAAAAGUUGACAAUCAUUCACAUUACAACAGAUAUAUGCUACUGGAUGGAGCUGACAACAAUGAUAUGGCUGAAUUUCGAUAUGAAAUUUGUGUUCCUGGAAAAAAAACAAGCAGAUUCAAACCCAAUAGGGACUUCAGGGAAGACAGACUGUGUGACAGAGUUCAAAGAUACUUUCGAAUAAUAAAGAAAAGUAAAUCGCUAUUAAAACAAAAGAGAAUGGUCAAUGGUCAAAGACAGAACUGGCAUACAGAUAAUUGGUACAUUAGAAAAGGGUAUGAGGAUGAAUCAACGCAGGGUACCAGUGUUGGCAGCUGCUGUUCAUUAAAUAGGAAACUUUUGGUUGAAUUUGAAACUCGUCAAAAGGACCUGCUAGUCUGCACCUGCAGUUGUGCCGAGUGUGAGUAUUGUGGAGCCCAGAAUGAAGAAGAGGAAGAGGAGAGGAUGGAGAAGAGGGCUACAAUGUCUGUUGACAUCCUAGACUGUUUGAAAAAAGCGAGAUACAAUAAAAGAUCUGUAAAGACUAAAGAAAAGAAAAGGAAACUGACUGAAAAAGAUGGGGAGUUUAACAAGAAAAGCCAUAUUGUCUAUCUCAAUGACACAUCAGUGGAAAAAACUACCGCUAAAGAAGAAGAGGAUUCAGAUAACUCAAACAGUGCUCCACUUUCUGAAUCCACUGCAGAAGAUGUCCAAAUGCCAAACUUUGUGAAGUGUUUCUUAAGGAGGUCUGAAAUUGAAGACAUUUUGAGGCAAACUCCAGGCAUUAGCUCAACAAGUUCCUAUCCAAUGGUUUAUCUUUUCCCAUUGAACAAGUCCGUCAAAUACGAUGAAAAUGAAAAUGUUAGCAACCUGGAAUGGGGUCAUAAUACCAUGAAUGGAGAUGUUCCAGCCCUGGAGAUCCAGGAGACUUUUGGUUCCACAUUUUCUCCACCAGGGCAGGACAUUGCAGAGUACAGAUUGAGGAUCGUUGGCAACCAACAACUUUACAAUACGGAGAAAGCCAAUGAAAAACUGGCUCAACUUCUGACGCCUCAGGAGGAGUACUUGAUGAUUCAGUCAGCUUCAGCAGUAUUCCAGUCUGCCCAGGAUGCAGCUCAGCAACACAGUACAGACAAAUCAAUUUUAACAAAAGAUCCUCAUAAACUUUGCCAAAUGAAGUCAGCGUUUGAUUGGCUCCCGAGGCUUACUUAUAGUGUGACAACAAUUCAACUAGCUUCCUUGGAAAAUGUAACGUCAACUUCCUUUUUCAGAGAGGUCCAGAUAGAAUGUCCAACCCAAAAUAUGGGUGGAAUAAAACAUGAAGAUGAAUGUGGAGUUUGUUUUUCCUCACUGGGGGAUUCUGGGAAGGAUUCGACAGAGGGAGUGGUCAUCCUUCCAUGUCGGCAUUCAUUCUGUAGAGCAUGCCUGCUUCAGUACCUGGUCCAGAACAUCAGGACCGGUGGCCGUCGUAUUUCCUGCAUGCAAUAUAAGUGUAGUUCAGAAAUUGACCCUGUGACAGUCCGUUCCCUGGUCCCUGAUAGAUUGUUUUCUCAAUGGGUGUAUCGGCAACAAGAGCAGGCGGUGAUGUCAACAGGAAAUUGGAAGUGGUGCCCUAGCUCCACAUGUGACCACAUUCUAUCUGUAGUCCCAAAUAAAUUUGGUGCUAAAAUUCCAAGAGCCCACUUAAGGAUAAUGGAAGUGGGUUGUGUAUGUGGUACUGAGUUCUGUCUGGAUUGUAACGAAGCUCCCCAUUGGCCGGCUAGCUGCCAACAGAUAAAAGCUUACACCAAAGCUCUAGACAUUCAAAAUGAUCUUUCCAAAGAGAUAGACUACAUGAGGUCCUUCAAAGUGAAUGUAAAACCUUGUCCCCUGUGUAAGGAGAAAGUGGACAAGAAUGGAGGGUGUAAUGCCAUGACGUGUAGGUGUGGGCAUCAUUUCUGCUGGCUCUGCCUCAAUCCCAACCCCUACGGUCAACACAACUGUAAGGCGGUUCCUCUACAGGAAAUAGAUAUUGUUAGUGUAAAGGUUCUGAAGUUCCACGUCAAGUUCCUUGAGUUGGCGUAUUCUUAUCGUGUCAGGUGUUUCCCACUUAUUAAGAGGAAGGAAGCUCUGUCCAGAAAGCUACAGGUAUCAGCAAGAACGUUCGAGAAGAAAAUGUCUGGUGUUAACCAAGACAAAUGGAUGAGCAUAGUUUCUUUAAGAUCUUCUCAGCUUAAACAUCUAAGUUUUGUAGUGGAGACUCUUAACUUACUGGAAAAAGUCUGUAUCUCGAUCUCGAGCACUUCACGAAAGUCUCACGCUGGAAGAGAAUUCAGGUCACUGACGAAUACUGUGGAUUUUAUUAUCUCCAGACUAUUAGAGUUGCUUCAAGUUCCCCCUAAUACUCAGACAGACAAUCAAAUGAACCGUCUCCAGAAUAUCUUGUCUAAGAAAAUCAAGAUGAUGGUUCUACUGUCUGUUUACCUGCAACGGAUCCAUUCCAAGAAGAACACCACCAAAACCCCGCCAACUGUUAGAUAUCAGACAGUAUACAACUGAGGAGUGCGGAUCAAUUCUAUGUGCAAUAACAUUAAAGUUUUAUACUUUUAAUGCAUAACCCUUUUUUUUUUUUUUUGCUUUUAUGGUU